GAGGGUGAGGAACAUCGUGGAGAAACUUCUCCUACAGUAACUUCUCCGGUCAAGUCCAGUGGAGCGUCGAACAUGCGGCACAGACACUUGCAGGCUAUGAUCGAACAGCUGAGGCCUGAAGACACAAUUCAGCUGGCCGUGCAGUUGGAGUCUCUGAACCCUGUCAGAGUCCGGUAUCUGAUUGUCGUUUCCACCCUCGGCAGAAAACACGAGAGCGUCCUGCUGGGUAUGGAUUUCCCCAAUACAGACAGUGAUCAGUGUACCAUCGGUCUGGUCAUGCCAGUGUGGAGUGACACCCAGGUCUAUUUGGAUGGAGAUGGUGGUUUCAGUGUGACAUCAGCUGUGGACACCAGGAUUUUUAAGCCCAUCUCCAUGCAGACUAUGUGGUCAGUGCUGCAGUCGUUACACGGCUGCUGUGAGCGGGCAGUUAAAGCAGCUGUGAUCCCAGGGUCUGGCCUGGAGUGGGUGGAACACUACAACAAACACAUUGAGUCUGAUCGCUUCUGCCUCAAUGAGUGGGAGAUCAUGGACGACCUGGCCUCAGUCCGCAAGGACAUGGCUGGACUCAGCUCCGAGGACAGAUUCUCUAAGGAGGUGCUCAUCAAAGAACACCUGAGAGACAUUAUGAGGACGGAGGACCUGGACAACCUCACGUCAAAGAUGGUGAAAACCGCACUGGAGACCAGGAUCGGCUUUGACGUGAGACUUUACAAAGAGUACAUUGAUAAUGAGAUCAUGGUCACCAUGGCUCAGAUGGACAAACCCUCUAAAAUAUUCGACUAUCUUUAUCUGGGCUCUGAAUGGAAUGCUGCCAACUUUGAGGAGCUGCAGAAAAACAAUGUCGGCUACAUCCUGAAUGUGACCAGAGAGAUCGACAACUUUUUCCCAGACUCCUUCAGUUACAUGAACAUCAGAGUGUAUGAUGUGGAAUCCACCGACCUGCUCCCCUACUGGACAAAUACAUAUAAAUUCAUCAACAACGCAAGGAAAAGUGGACAGGCAGUGCUGGUGCACUGUAAAAUGGGCAUUUCCCGCUCUGCAUCAACCGUGAUCGCCUACGCCAUGAAGCAGCUGCGUUGGCCCUUGGAUGUGGCGCUGUCCUACGUUAGGGAGCGACGAGCCAUCAUCCAUCCCAACGACGGCUUCAUGAAGCAGCUGCAGACCUACAACGGCAUCCUUAACGCAAGUGAGCAGCGUCACAGUGCCCUCUGGAGGAGAAAGUCAAAAGACCUGAGACAAAAGUCUCUCAGCAAAGAGGAGAAAGGAAGUCAAGGGGAGGAGCGAAAUGGGAAAGAGGAGGAGGAAGAGGAGGAUGAGGGACUGUAUGAUGAUGAGGAGGAAGAAGAAGAGGAGGAGGAGGAAGAAGAAGAAGAAGAAGAAGAAGAGGAGGAGGAUGAAGAGAGUCCGAUUGAAAAAGAUGGAGAGGUCUUUGAAGAUCUCGACUGUAGGUCUGACGCAACUAGAGAUCCUGGAGCAGCAGGAGCCCCCCCAACCAUAACUGUACAAGAACCUGAAAAGGUUGUACCAAGUGUUAACCGCAGCGGCAGAAUGAACCUCCUCUCCCUCAUGCAGUCCAUCAGUGAACUGGACGAUGAAGACAAAGAACAUGAGCAGCUUCCCGGUAGCCCGAGGCGCUCACCACAACAAAGAAGGCGAAGCCAAGGCCGCCGAAGUCUGACUCACCAGAAUGCAUGUGUGGACGUUUCACCUGAGCCUCGCUGCCUGCUUGCGACUGACGAGAAUAAACCCUAAAAAGACAGCGUUGAGGAGGAGGUUCCUGUCAAGGUGACUGAUAUGAGGAAGCUCACACUUUUCAAUACAAACGCGAAGCCUUCCAACAUUGUUUCAACCGCCGCUGCCGAUGUUUUUACACAUUUGAAGGUUGUUUAGCAGCGGUUCCGUUUAAAAAACUGAGCGUCCUUUUUCAUGGAGAACCAGAAGAACAUAUCCAUGCUGUUAAAUGUUUUUAGAACACAUCCUGACAGACAAACACACACACCUUCUAGUCAAGUUUCCUGUAGCGCCCUCUAUUGGAAUAUCCUUUACCUCCUCACUUCUUCAGCUCUCAUUCUCUGUAGAGGGUAUCUAUGCAACUCUGGUUCUUCUACUGUCCUUUUUAAACUAAAGCAGCCAAUCAGAGGUAGAGAAUUUUCAAAACUUUUGUUUUUUUUAUAUCAGAUGGUUAUUAAAGACAACAGAAUGGAGGAUUUUACUACAGAGGAGGAUUAGAGUCACCUGGGUUUUUAUGUUGGACUUGACAUUUUUGAGUUAAUAGUUAAGUUAAAAUUUACUUCACAGAAUACAAAAAAAAAAAAAUUCUUUUCUUCACUCAGAACUCCACAUUCCUGUACUCUAAUGUUAAUUUUAAAGGUAAUGUCAAAACUUAAAUCUCUGGAUUCAUAGAAAAAUCACAAUUCCAAUCCAAGUCUCAUAAUUCUACAUGAAGAAAAAUGACUUAAAGUCAUAAUUCUAAGUUUAAAAAUAGACAUGUUAAACUCUCUGAUCCUCUUCUGUAGCUUUAAGAACCAAGUCCAGGCCAGUUUUACAGCAUCAGCCUUUUUUUGCCAAACUACUUUUUCCCAGCGUGCCAAUGAUUUUACAGAGUUCAAGUUUAGUUUUUGACUGUAUUUAAACAGCAGGUGUUUUUCAGUGCCUUAAGUCUGAGAAUGAAUUCUAUCAGCUGUAUUUUUACUGUAUUAUUCUGUGGUGAUUUAAGAUUACUCACUUUCACCUGUAUUUUUUGCAGUAUAUAUGAAUUUGCAUGUAUGCAUGUGUGUCUAAACAGUUUAUGUACCAACACGUAAAUGCUGAACUUGGGUGUAUGUGUGUCGUGUGUUUUCUACCUGCCUGUUAAAGCAACAUUCCAAUGUAUUUACGUGGAAUUUCAAUGGAUAAGUUAUUCAGUACAUUUCUUUUAGAUUUCUGAUCAUGUGAUGUUGAUGUCACAUGAUUUCCUGCUGUUUUUUAUGUAUGCAAUGAAGACAAGCCUCAGCUCUCUGUAAAUCUGCUGGAUCACAGUUAAAAGAAAACGAAAACAGCAAAAUCCAUGCACUUUAUAUCAUCACAACACACUGUUCCCACUGCUGAGCCAAAGUCACUGUGCUAUGAUCAAAUCUUUUACACGUCUGAAUGAGGCUUUGUUCUGUCUGCACAUCACUCCUGUUGAAAAUAUGACAAAAUAAAUACCUAUUUUCACACCU